AUGAGAGGGCCCGAGCCGGGUCCCGAACCCACGAUGGAAGGGGACGUUCUGGACACACUAGAGGCGCUGGGGUAUAAGGGACCACUGUUAGAAGAGCAAGCCCUUACCAAGGCAGCUGAGGGUGGACUAUCUUCACCUGAGUUUUCAGACCUCUGUGUUUGGUUAGGCUCUCAAAUAAAAUCACUAUGCAACUUGGAAGAAAGUAUCACUUCAGCUGGGAGAGAUGAUCUAGAAAGCUUCCAGCUUGAGAUAAGUGGUUUUUUAAAAGAAAUGGCAUGUCCAUAUUCUGUACUCAUAUCAGGAGAUAUUAAAGAGCGUCUAAAAAAGAAGGAUGACUGCUUGAAACUUCUAUUAUUUUUAAGUACAGAACUUCAAGCUUUACAGAUAUUACAAAACAAGAAACGUAAAAAUUCUCAAUUAGAUAAAAACAGUGAAAUUUAUCAGGAAGUUCAAGCUAUCUGUGAUACCCUUGGUGUUCCCAACUCAGCGACUUCUGACAUUCCACUUAUGUUAAACCAAGUGGAGUCAAAGGUGAAAGAUAUUCUCUCAAAAGUCCAGAAAAAUCAUGUGGGAAAACCACUGUUGAAAAUGGAUUUAAAUCUGGAACAAACAGAACAACUGGAAAAAAUCAAUGAUGCUCUUUCCUGUGAAUAUGAGUGCCGUCGGCGGAUGUUGAUGAAGCGAUUGGAUGUAACAGUGCAGUCCUUUGGAUGGUCUGAUAGAGCAAAGGUGAAAACAGAUGACAUAGCCAGAAUUUAUCAGCCUAAGCGUUAUGCUUUGUCACCCAAGACAACGAUUACAUUGGCACAUUUACUUGCUGCUCGUGAGGAUCUUUCCAAGAUCAUUAGGACAAGCAGUGGCUCUAGUCGGGAGAAGACGGCAUGCGCCAUUAAUAAGGUGCUGAUGGGAAGGGUGCCUGACAGGGGAGGCCGGCCGAAUGAAAUCGAACCACCACCCCCUGAAAUGCCACCUUGGCAAAAGAGACAAGAAGGCGGCGGAAGGGGUGGUUGGGGUGGAGGUGGGGGUAGAGGAGGUGGUGGGGGUGGAAGAGGUGGCUGGGGAGGUGGUGGGGGAGGGGGUGGAGGGUGGGGAGGAGGUGGGGGAGGCGGUGGUAGAGGAGGCAGGGGAGAUUAUGGGGGGAGAGGAGACUAUGGGGGGAGAGGGGGCUAUGGGGGGAGAGGAGGCUAUGGUGGAAGAGGUUAUGGAGAUCCAUAUGGAGGAGGAGGUGGUGGUGGAUAUAGAAGAUACUGA